AUGUAUAAAUUAAAACAACAUGAUGACUAUUUUGAUAUAAUGAUUGAUAAAAGUCUUCAAGGAAUAGCAAGAGUACACAGUGGUUUAAUUGUAUUAGAAGGUUGUAAUGCAAUUUUACGUAAAGAUUAUAUGAAUAUGAGUGGGAAAGUCAAAUUAAUUUCUGGUGGUAAAGUUGGAAAUGAAUUAAUAUAUACAGAAUUUGUGGGUCCUGGCAUGUUAACAGCUGCAGUUUUUGGUAAUAGUCAUUCUGCACCUCCAGUUGAUAAUAUAUUAAAUGUUAUUGAAGAAAUUGGAGUUAAUCAUUCUCCUGGAAUAUUAUUAAUUGUUCAGAAUUAUGCAGAGUAUCCAAUAAAUUUUACGUUAGCUAAAGUAUAUGCUGAAGCAAAGGGAUAUACUCUCAAAAUAAUUAUAAUAAAUAACAAUAAUAUGCCACAUUUUGAAUUUGAAAAUGUACCUUAUAAAGAAUACAAAGAAGAAAUAUUUUCAAAUAUAGCUAAAGAAAUACUUAAACCAAUCACAGAUACACUUGAUAUAACAUCACAGAAUAAAACAAGUAUAUGCAAAACUAAAAUAUUUAGUGCUGGUCAUGAAGUUGCAAUUAUGAUAAAUCACUUUGGUUGCAAUGCAGUACAAACAAAUGCAUGUAUCUUAGAACUUUUGAAACAAAUAGAAAUAAAUAAUUUAAAAGUGAAAAGAAUAUAUGUGAAACAACUUAUAACACAUUCAAAUAAUCGUGGUUUUCAUAUUUGCUUACUAAACCUCUCAUUUAAUACAGUAUUAAUUAAAUAUUUGGAUUUUCCAACACCUGUGCCUGCUUGGCCAAAAAUAUUAACUUCUAAAAUAAUAGGAAUUGGAGAAAAUGAUGAAACAAAAUUAACUACAUCUGGAAAAUAUUGUAAGAAUGUGGAUUGGUCUAAUAUAAAUUUGCAAGGACCUAUAAUAAAUCAUGAAAAUAGUCAAAUAUUUUUAUCAGUUAUAUCCAUGGCAUGUAAAGCAAUAAUAGCAUGUACAAAACAGCUGAAUAAAAUGGAUCAGGAAUUUGGAGAUGGAAAUUAUGGUACAAGUCUUGCAUGUGGGGCUAAAGCUAUACAAGAUGCUAUUCAGAAAAAUGAAAUAUUGGGAACAAGUUUAUAUGUAACAUUUACACAAAUUAGUCAUAUCAUUCAAAGAACAAUGAAUGGCUUGCAAGGAGGACUAUAUUCUUUAUUUUUUUAUAAUAUUGCUAAAGCUUUCUCAGAGUAUCAAAGUGACGAGGAAGUAACAGCCAACAUGUGGUUGCAUGUAUUAAUUACUGCAAAUAAAGCAAUAGAACAAUUUAAAAUAUGGUGUACAGGUGAUCAAGCUCUAUUAACUGUUUUGGUAACAGUGCAAGCAGAUUUAGACAAUGCAUUAAGUAAAAAUAUGAAUCUCAUUGAUGCAUUUGGAAUGGCUGUGAAAUCUGCUGAAAAUUUUACUACAAGCAUUUUGUAUGCACCUUCUCAUAAACUCAAAUAUCCCGACCCUCGGGCACAUGCAGUAGGUAUAUGGAUGAGAGCUGCAUAUGAAGGCAUUAAUCAAAAUGUUAUGGAAGAUGGACAACAUGAAUGUGAAGGAUGCCAAAGUAUUGGUAAUGUGAAGUAUUUGAGCAAUGAACAUGAAACUAGGACAUCGUUUCUAUCUGCUCAACAAUCAUUAACUCAAGAUAUUUGGUGUUUGCUAAAGCAUGCAUGUUUUAGGAGCUUAAGCUGUGAAGUACAUCCUGGUAAAGAAGGUGUUUGCUAUUUUGGAGAUGAAUACAGGGGGCAUGUUUUAAGUCAUACAUUUACAUUAAAAGAUGCCCAGGCAAGGGGUUUUCGCAAGUGGUGCAGUUUCAUUGUUUUUAUGAGAGAUAAGCAGUUCCUAUUAAAUAUGUGGCCCUUUUUAGUUGACAAUUUAAAGGAAGUAAUUCGGGAAUUACAAGAUUUUGCUGAAAAAAAAUACAAUGCAGAAGAAGCAGAAUGUCCACAAAGAAUUGUUCGUUUAUCUGCUACUAAUAAUGGACCAGGGUCAUAUAAUAAUUCAAACAAACAACCUAGAACUUUUAGUGACAUAACUAAUGAAAAGCAUGUUUUUAUAAGAAUCCACAUGUGGCUGGUAUGGAUUCUUAGUGCAGGAGCAAGACAUUUCAUAGAAAUUUUUCCCAUGAGCUUAUUAGAUGAUGAAUUAAAUUACAAUUCGGAGCAUCAGAUUGAAACUGAAGAUGGAUUCACUUUAGUAAAUGCCAAAUUACCUGUAAACUUAACUUUAAAUUCAAAUGAACCAGAAACAACACCUGAAUUCUCAGAGGUCUCAGUAUAUUCUAGUUUAACAGGUGUUCAGAUUUUAGUAAGGGGUCCAAAUAUUCAAAGAUUGGAAUCUUUAUAUGGAUUAAGCUCUCUUAUUCCACGUGCAUGUCGAAGAGUCAAGACUCAAGAAACAGAAUAUAUGGAUCCUAAUAAGUGCAAUUUUAUUGGUGUUGACACUUCAGUAGCUGUACCCCUACCUUGUGCAAGUGUAUGUAGGUUAGAUAUUGUAGCUGAUGAACACAAAGUUGAAAAUGCAAGCUCACAUGUUGUUAGAUGGACUGGUACAUUACCAUUAAAGUUACCAACAUUAUUAAUUAAGAUUGAAAAGUCUCUUGAUAAUGAAAAACUUGGAAAUUCUACUCUCAAAGCACAUUUUGCUGCAUUGCAAGAAGAAUGGGCAAACAUUGCAAAAGUAGUCCACGCCAUGCGAGGACGUGGUCAUAGUGGAGACCUUUCUGGACUUAUGCUUAGUUUAGGUGCUGGUCCUCAUGAUAAAAAAUUGUUAGAUGCUUGGUCAAUGGGCUUACCACCAAAUCCAGCAUAA